AUGGAGUGGCUCGGCUUCGCAGACGUUGAAUUCACCCAUGCGCCGUCACCGCGAGCGGUGCGAGAAAAGGAUGGCAACGUGACAGAUCUGCUUUCCAUUUGCGAAAAGACGACACCACCAUGCCAUCUUAACCCGCUACUUUUCAAUGGCCAUCUGCAGACCAUGUGGACGGCGACCAAGCCUGCCGGACCCAAGGUCUGGUACAAGCGCAAGAUCUUUGAGGCCGACCACAAGACCUACCGAGGCACCUUUGCCGUGGAUUUUGUUGUUGAGCCUUUCGAGGAGGAAGAUCCCACAUUGUGCCGACGGACUGUCUAUUACACUAACGAAGAGCUGGAUAAUAUUGGAUCCGACGACACCAAGCCAAUGCUUGUCGUGAUGCAUGGCCUCUCUGGCGGCUCUCACGAGAUUUACCUGAGAGAAGCGAUUGCGCCCUUGAUUGGUGAGGGUGGUUGGGAGGCAUGCGUCGUCAACUCUCGAGGAUGUGCACGAAGCAAGAUCACCAGCGGCGUUUUGUACAACGCAAGAGCAACGUGGGACAUCCGUCAAUUUCCCAACCUCAUAAAAAUGUACUGUGGCGAGGAGGGCUCGAAUUGUGUCCUGAAAGGAGCCAUUGCGUGCUCUAACCCCUUCAACCUCGAGGUCUCGAGCAAGAUUCUCCAGAACAGCUAUAUGGGCAAGGAGGUUUAUCUGCGAGUUAUGGGAUCGUCUUUGAAGGAACUUGCACGAAGACAUCGGGAUGCGCUGGAACAGCAUAGCAAGGUUGAUGUUGAGGCUGUCCUGGACAUCACAUACCUGAACGAGUUCGAUCGCUUGAUCCAGUGCCCUAUCUGGGGAUAUCCCACUGAGUAUGCAUACUACCGAGAUGCCUCAUCGACCGAUGCCAUUCUAUCCAUCAAGAUCCCUUUCCUGGCCAUCAACUCUGUCGACGAUCCUAUUGCCGUUAAGGAAGCCAUUCCAUUUGAAGAGUUCCAGCAGAACCCCAAUACUAUUCUCCUUACAACAACGCUCGGUGGACAUCUCUGCUGGUUUGAGAUGGGUGGCGGUCGAUGGUUCCCCAAGCCGGUCGCAAACUUCUUGAACCACUUGGCUUUCAAGUGUGAUCUUGACAGCCUGAAGCCCGAGGAGGCAUCUGAUGCUGAUUUGACACAGGGACAUGGCUAUAGCCCAAUGCGCCGCAAGAUGUUGAUUGUGGAAGAUUAG